AUGCGAAAGGAAAUGUUUCUCCGCAUAGCGCGAGAUAUACACUCCUUUAACAACGUUCAACCGCUACGGAAACACUUUCAGUUUUUCCACAAAGGCGCAACAGAUGCUUCUGGUCGUCCCGAUUUUAACAUUUUCCAGAAAUGCACUUCUGCAAUACGCCAGUUAGCGUAUAGUUAUAAGGCUGAUGCUUUGGAUGAGUACUUGCAAAUGGCGCAAAAUACGGGCUACCAGUGUUUAGACGCUUUCUGUAAGUGUGUGAUAUACCUAUAUCGUGACGAGUACUUGAGAAGGCCAACAGAAGCAGAUAUCGAGCGGUUAACUGCUAAACAUGCUAAGGUUCAUCGUUUUCCUGGUAUGUUUGGUAGCAUAGAUUGCAUUCAUUGGGGUUGGAGGAACUGUCAUGUGCCAUGGCAAGGGCAGUACACGCGAGGUGACAAGGGACAUCCCACAAUCAUGCUUGAAGCGGUUGCUUCAUAUGAUUUGUGGAUCUGGCAUGCUUACUUUGGCCUUGUUGGUUCGAACAAUGACAUCAACGUCUUCAACGAAUCAGAUUUGUUCGACGAUUUGCUUCAGGACAAGGCUCCUAAAGUAGAGUUUUCGGUAAAUGGUAGCCAGUUUGGAAAAGGGAUAUUACAUUAUUACCUAGCAGAUGGUAUUUAUCCUGAAUGA